GAUAAAUAAAACAGAUCAGAUUUGGAAGAAGAAGGGUUUUACCGUUCGGUUGGUCAAAGCAAAUCUGGUACAAGGAGAGGCUUCUUCUACUUUAAAGCUACUGCCUCUCUGAUCUAGCUUAUACACAUUUAGAUAUAGAUUUUUUUCUCCGACAUAGAUAUUGGCCUUGCACCCCUUAAGAUUAUUAUUUGUUACAAGUGUGUAGGAUAGUUCCAACUAGAAAAACUGUAACCCCAUAUAGAAAGUUUAAGUUUUUGUUAUCAGUUUCAGAAAACCUCAACAACCCAUUUUAAGAAACUCUGAUUUGUUAACUGGGUUCCCAUCUUUUUCACCGUAUCAAAAUUUUAGAAGAUUCGUCAUUGUUCUUGGAAUCUCAGCCAAUUUCCUGGUUUCAAGCUGAUGGAAUAUUCAUGUCCAAACUGAGUUGACCUGGAUCGUUUGUUGAUUUAAGUUAAGAGUUAUGGUAGAGGAAGGGAAUUUUGAAGCCUGUAACAAGGCUGUGGAGGAAGAUAACGAGCCCAAGGGAUUGUGCUACUUUUUCUGGGGUCCAAUUUAUUGGCUCAAGAUGCUUGCAGUGGAAACGCAUUGGAGCUUUGUAUUUGGAGUUGUAUCCGUUUAUGGGAUAAGCCAGGGAUUGGGUGGGGCUCUUGCUCGCGUCGGCACCGAGUAUUACAUGAAGGAUGUUCAAAAGGUACAGCCUUCUGAGUCUCAGGUUUACUCAGGGAUUACUUCCAUUCCUUGGAUUGUCAAGCCUAUUUGGGGUCUUCUCACUGAUGUUGUCCCCAUUAGGGGUUAUAGAAGACGGCCCUAUUUCAUUCUAUCUGGUUUGCUGGGCUUGGUUUCCAUGCUUUUAAUAUCAUUGCACAGCAAGCUGCAUUUGGUAUUUGCGCUGAUGGCAUUGACAGCGGGAAGUGCUGGGGUAGCUAUAGCAGAUGUGACUGUUGAUGCAUGUGUAGCACAGAACAGCAUUAGUCAUCCUUCCCUUGCAGCUGACAUGCAAAGCUUGUGUGCUUUGACCUCUGCAACUGGAGCUCUAGUUGGAUUCUCUAUCAGUGGUGUUUUUGUUCAUCUAAUUGGCCCUAAGGGGGUGUUUGGAUUGCUGACCAUCCCGGCUGCACUUGUCUUUUCAGUUGGGAUUGUCCUUGCUGAACCCAAUAUGCCCAACUUUGCCUACAAAGAGGUAAGCCAGAAAUUCCUUCAUGCUGGCAAGGCUAUGUGGACAACAUUGAAAUGCCCAGAGGUUUGGAGGCCAUGUUUAUAUAUGUACUUAUCCUUUGCAGUGAGCUUGAAUAUAAAUGAGGGAUUGUUCUAUUGGUACACAGACUCGAAGCAGGGGCCCUCUUUCUCCCAGGAAACUAUUGGUUACAUUUUCUCAAUUGGUGCAGUUGGUGCCAUCUUGGGGGCAAUACUCUACCAAAACAUGCUGAAGGAUCACCCUUUCCGAGACUUGCUGUUCUGGAUUCAGUUGUUUUAUGGUUUGGCAGGAAUGCUAGAUCUGAUGUUGGUGCUGCGAGUAAACUUGAAAUUCGGGAUACCAGAUUAUCUCUUUGUUGUGAUCGGUGAAGCUGUAUCUCAAAUGAUUGCACGACUCAAAUGGAUGCCCCUCCUGGUACUGAGUGCAAAGCUUUGUCCUACAGGUAUUGAAGGCACCUUCUUUGCCUUGCUCAUGUCAAUCGAUAAUGUUGGACUUCUCUCGUCUUCAUGGGGAGGAGGCUUGCUACUCCACAUGUUGAAUGUUACUCGGACAAAGUUUGAUAAUCUCUGGCUGGCAAUACUGAUCCGAAACAUAUUGAGACUUUCUCCACUUAGUAUUCUGUUUUUGGUUCCCAGAGGUGAUCCCAAUUCUUCCAUUCUUCCAACAGAAAUGUUGAGUAGCAAAGAUGAGACUGAAGCCGAUGAACCCAAGAACAUUGAAUUGGUCUCGCUUGUUAACAGCGUUGAUGGUAGAUAACCAGUACAAGAAUCAUUCCCAUUGCUAAAUACUCCUACCACACAUUCAUCUGGAGGAGAAACUCAACUUUCACACAUCAUAGCUUCCUGCACGGAUAUUUUUGUAACACCAAGAUGAAAUUGCUUGAAUGAAGGAAAUUAUUUCCAUUUAUGCACU